GUCAUACUUGGACUGAGGGGAGUCUGCAACCUUCUGGAUUCGCUGCAGUUUGUACACACACACACAUCACCUCACAAUGUGCAUGUCCUUCGGCCUCAAAUGUUGCUUUAUAUUCUUCAAUACGCUCUUCUUGUUGUCUGGGGUUGCCCUCAUCACUAUAGGCGUGCUGCAGUACUCAACUUAUUCAGAGAUCGGCAGCUUCACAGGCAGCAACCUGUCUCAAAUUGCCAUAGUCCUCAUUGCAGUGGGUGUCACCAUAGCUUUCGUAUCCCUCUUGGGCCACAUCGGUGCAUUCUUUAAUAAUUCAUCUAUGGUGGCUUGUUUCAUCUGCAUCCUGAUAGUGAUCAUCCUUUUGGAAGUCCUCACAGGAGCUGCCUUUUACAUAUUUCGCAGCAGGACUGCCCUUCUGCAGAUCAAGAGUGCUGUCAACACCAAAGCACGAGCAGUAAUCAGUGACUACAGCCCUGAGAGGAGACGCGCCAUCAACACAAUUCAGGAAAAGUUCAAGUGUUGUGGUGCAGACAGCUAUGCCGACUGGUCCCAAAGUGUAGGCUGGGAAAACCACAAUGCCGUGCCAGAUUCUUGCUGUGUGGAGAAGAGUGAGGGCUGUGGACAAGACAAGGAGAAAGCGCAUAAAAAGGGCUGCCUCUGGGCAAUUAAUUUCUUCCUGAUGAAAAAUUUGGUGUGGGUUGGUGCUGUCUGCAUUGCUCUUGGAAUCACAGAGGUUUUCGGAGUUUUAAUCGGGGUGUGCUUGUGUCUGGACAUUAAAAAGAACUACGAAACCAUUCGCUGACGCAUCAUCACAGCAGCCAUAAAG